AUGGCCUCCCUAUCGUUCUCCCUCUCCCCGGAGGCGAUCUAUCAACUACACGAUGCAUUGAUGUGCCUGGGUAAAUUUGGCGACAAUGUAUCAUUUGAAGCCGAAUUCGAUCUGCUUCGUUUGAGCGUCCUGAACUCCACCAAGACAGCCUACGCCGCCUUCGCUUUCGAUGCAGACAAGUUCUUCGAAUCCUACUCAUUUGGGGUAGAUAGACGCAAUAUGUCUGCAGGUGUUCAAUCACAUAAGUUCUGUUGCCAGGUGUUGAUCAAAGCUCUCGUGUCCGUCUUCAAAGGAAGAGCAAGCGGCCGUAACAAGGACACCUCGGUCGAACGAUGCGAGUUCGAGCUGCAAGAUAAUCCCGAUGAGACGGAGUGUCGCCUCGUCAUCAGACUAACAUGCGGACUCGGUGUCAUCAAACUCUACAAGCUCACGUACGAGCCCGUCUAUAUCCAGCAUGCAACAUUUGACAGGUCCAGAGCGACGAAUGAGUGGAGUAUCGAGCCCAAAUUUCUGAAAGAAGUCACCGACCACUUUGGACCGUCGGCAGAGCAACUGGACAUUUACUCCGAGCACGGCAAGACCGUUUUCACCAGCUUCACUACCAAAAUCGCCGAUGGAAAAGAAAUCCUGCGACAACCGGUGCAUACCUCCGUGGCCAUCGACAAACGGGACUUUGAGUAUUACCUGGCCGAGGACAAUCGACACAUUGCGAUCAACCUGAAGGACUUCAAGGCUGUGCUUGCGCAUGCCGAUAUUGUCCACGCCAGACUCACUGCCCGGUUUACCACCCCCUGCCGUCCGCUGCAAUUCGCAUACGAGCUCGAGGGUGUCAAAUCCGAGUUUACCUUGAUGACGAGAGGUGAAGCUGUCGAAGACGAUGGGCCGAGCUCGUCUCGAGCCGCCGCACCACAGUUGUCUGCAAGACAAACCCCUGCUCCUGUGCAAGUGAGUCAGCCGAGGCCCCCUGCUACCGACGCAAGUCGAAUGCCGCCGCCGUCCUCGCGGAGUCGAUCUCUCCGCCCUCUUACCGGAACGUCCGCGCGAGCUUCACAGACCCCCGCAGAAUCCCAGAGACCCCAACCGCCGGUCGAAUUCGAUAGUCUCUUUGUACCUGCGGAUGAUGACGGACAAUGGGACGUGCCGAAUGACGAGGAGGCUCCAGCCGAAGACGAGCUUGGCUGGGAUGCCACGGGUGACAAAGACACUUUCACCGCUAGCUUGAGGACGCGGGUACCCAACGAGGAGUCGGAGGCUGCCGAAAUGGACCAAGAGCAGGAGACGGGCAUUCCACCCACCCAGCGCAUUUCACAGCUCCAUGGCCUUGGUCUGUUCGAUUAG